UUGCUUUAAAUGAUGCGCUAGAUCAACGAGCGCGGCCUUCAAGUUAUGGGUGAUCGGCCUGCAGGUCAACAGUUGCCAGUGCCCGUCCGGAUACCUCUGUCCAGUAUUCGUGCACAGACAAGGCCUCUCGGAAAUAUUGUCCCUGCCAACGUCCCUCGACCACCCAUGGUUAACCAGGUGUACUUGCUUCCUAAAUCUGGGAUAACUAAUAAUGUCCUUCCAAGUGCUCCGAGUGUGAUGCAAGUUAGGAGUUUGGCGGUUGGACAAACUGUACUCCAACCAAACGGUGUACUUGCUACCACUCCUGUUAUGCCAAGAGUUGUCACAUCUCAGUCGGGUUCCUCAACUAAAUUGGUGGGAUUUUUUAACCAAUUGUUAGAACUAUCAAAGAAUGUUUCAGCUAGCACUCAUAGCUCAGUAGCAACGCUAAUUCAAGCAUUAGUGAAUGGAGAACUUGAUGCCAGUUCGUUCAGUGCACAACUACGUAGCAACCUUAAAAGUGCCAAUCCUGGUAUGGACCUCGCCCCAUUCAUAAAGGACAACAUAGAUUUACUUAGGAGAGAUCUAGCUAAUGGUGUCUGUCGUCUCCCAAACAUACAACCUCCCCCAAAAGAUAUCUUCACAGGUGUACCCACUGCAGUCCCUGUUUCGAUCGUAACAACAUUACCUACCGUAGGUCUUCAGCCCCGUCCUAAUGCUGCGGUUUCUACAACACUAGUUUCUUCAACAGUACCCGUUGGCCCUCGCAUUACUCUACCGACGAACACAACUCCUCGCAUAGUAGGCACACUCAUGUCAUCAGUUUCGUCACCAGUUAUUCCAACUAGUCCUGUUACUGUUCCAACACCCCGAACACAACCCCCACUAUUGGCUCCUGCUCCUCCCCGGACAUGUAUUACGUCUGUCGUAAACUUUGAUGCAGCUUCAAGUUCUAACACCGGUACGAAAUAUCGUUUGGCUCAAUCUUUUAGUGGUGUUUCAUCUUCAACGUCUGUCGUAUCUAAUGCAACCGCCGCAACAGUGGUUUCGACACGUUUCACAUCGACUAUUAACGGUACGCGUCCGAACUACCAAAAUUUGCGACCAAUUAUUGCUUCGUCCACUUCCACAGCAUUGGGUAUCAACUUAGCGUCGAUAAAAUCAGUUGCUGGUGUUUCUGCAUCCGUACCCCCUGUAAUUCGUGCUAAAUCUGGAUAUGCUAACACUUAUUCUCCUGGAAUUCUACCCGCUGUUCACAACAAAGUAGGCUCCAAUGUCCUAUCCUUGAAUGGAUCUACGGUAUUAAUAGAAGGUGUGGACCGAAAACAGAAUGACCUCUCGUUUUUGAGCGACGAUAUUCGUCACCCCGCUAUGUCACCUACACGUGACAAUCCAUUUUUCCCAUCAGAAAAAGUUAAGGAAAUAUUAGAAACUCAUGGCAUAAAAACACUAACAGAAGAAUCUAUCGCGUGUCUCGCUCACGGUUUGCAAAUAUUCAUCAAAAAUAUUUUAUCAAAGUUGAGGAUUGUAGUAUCACAUCGACUCGAUCGUUUAGGAGAGGAUUCUCGUUUGGUUCAAAUAGAUCACACGCGUGAACAGUUGAGGUUUCUUCAGAAGUUGGAUGAGCAUGACCGAAUGAGGCAAUCGGAGUUAGAAAAGGAUCUAAUUUUGAAGGCUGCAAAAUCACGUUCUCGAAAUGAAGAUCCUCAUCAAAUGCAGAUGAGGGAAAUGGCUCGACGGAUAGCGUCUGAAGAUUAUGAACGUGAAAAACAACAUCAAGCCAAUCUUACAGCUCUUCACGCUAUCGGCCCACAACGCAAGCGUCGUCUAGAUACUUUAGAUGAAAUGGGCAACUCCAUUUCGACAGAUAUUUUGGGAGCCUCUCUUCCAACAAGAGAUGGUGUGACAAAUUUGGUGAGUGCCCUACCUGCUGCUACUGCUAAUCGCCUUUCUAUUGUCAGUGCCAGUCGACUAGGUUUGGUAACAUCAGGACCAAAUCUAACGCAAUUCAAUUUAGAAGCUUUGCCGGCAAAUUCAAACUCAUUGGUCUCCGGUGUCGGUGGGACUGGUGAUAACAUGCCAAAUACAUCUGGAUUUUCAUUAGCACUCAGUCUCAGGGCACAUCGAGCAACUCUCAGAGAUAUGCAGGUCAUACUUUCUCGUACACCGAGGCUUCGUCGUACACGUACUUACUAUAGGACGUAUUGGCGCUCUCAGCCUUAAGAGUCUUUUCUUUGUUUCUUAUUUUUAUUUUUGCAUAGACUUGAUUUCUGAUUGUAAUAUGAUUUAAUUAUUAGUUGGCUAAUUUUCCUAAAACGUCCCCAACCUAACUUGUAUCAUAAAAUCUUUGUACAUUAUGACUUUUCGCAGUAGCCUACUUCGCUAGGCAUCUGGGGUUCUAUGUAUAUAUAUUUACACACACACCGUAAUAUUGUAUGAAAUGUGAUGUUAGUUCCAGAUUCUUUUUCUCUACUAAAUGUGAGAUUUCUUGUAUUUUUUCAUAACGCAUGUACAUUUACCAAUCCCAUGUAUACUUCGUUCGCUGUACAUAAUUUUCGACUAUCCUAUUCAGAAAAUAAUAAACCUGUUAUUUCUUUAGUA